GUGGUUCAGGUUGAGUUGGUGUGUAGUUGACCAAGUUACUCCGUUCAGGCAACACCACAUUUUUCAUGUCUUGAGGAUGUUCCCCGAAGAAAGAAUACAUCUUCAAACCGCCGAUAUAGCUACCAUCAUGGAUAUACUGACAAGGAAUACCAAGAACAUCAUCGUGCGAGCUAAACAUUGCUACUCUCGGAAGAUUGUAACGAACAAGAGAUGCGACUAUUGCAACAAGUCUAUGUUUCUCUUGGCCCUAAGGUGCAAGGAUUGCAGGUUCAAAUGUCACCGAAAGUGUGCCCAGAAUGCCUCGCCGCGCUGUGUUCUCAACUUACCGGGUCACAAAUUUCAAGCUUCAUCGAAAUCUAGGCAGCAUUCGCGACCCAGGAAUCGAGCCGUGCAGCUAGCGCAUCAGGCAGAGCCGUCAUAUGAACCUAUGUCCACUUCAUCCACACCGCAACAUCACCGGGAGGGUUUGUCUCGUUUCCAGCAGUGCCAAUGCCCCGCUGUGUGUGGACUCGAUGCGGCCGAUGUACGGCGCGCCAGUGACUGCGACGCGUGUAAGAGACUACAGGCCUCACCCCCGGACAGCCCGAAAUACACCAUGGGCGCUAGGACGCGCUACUCCCCGUUACCACCUUACCAAGAUCACGCUAAAACCGCUCACUUGGAAACUGUUCCAAAAACAGAGGAUCUAACAAACCAAAGCCCUGAUUACCAUGGCAACCAAAUGACAUCAACUCCCAAGCGACCCAUCAUUAAGACGCAGUUAGUGCAAGAAGGAACGUCUUCAAAUGUGUCCUCCGUGUCUUGCGGUUAUUAUUCCUACACCUCGGAAUGUAACUCGGAGGUUUUCCAAGCUCAGGAGGAGGACCAAGCGUGUCUGUGCAGCUCGGGUCACGGGAGGGCCACGGCGGAGCUGAGCCGAGCUGAGAGGCAACGGAAGUGGAGCCGGGGUGAAAGGUCCAAGACCGUGGAUGUGACUGUGACCAGGAAACGUGAUGCUGAGAUGGGGAAAUCUUUGAUCGCUACUUGGCCGCCACACGGACAUAGUCACAUCAAAGCAGAUGCAGUACCCGAGUCAAUAGAUGACGCCCAUCGAAUGUGCGAUUCACUUGCUGCAUCGAGACACGCAGGUGGUGUCGAUCAUGAUAUCAGAGAGGCAGUCAAAGAAUGGUCGAUACCUCAUGAGAAUCUCAAGUAUGGUAUCUGUCUACGCGCCGGCCGCAACGGAUCAACAUACAGGGGUAACUGGCACGGGGAGGUCUUGAUCCACACAAGACUUCACGUGGAGGAUGUAGAUGCGUUCCUUGAGGAGGUAUCCGUUUUGAGUAUGAUCAGACAUGAGAACAUCGCACUGUUCAUGGGAGCAUGUAUCGACCCACCAAACUUAGCCAUCGUCACAUGUGUCCAGAAAGGCCCCUCCCUCUUCCAGCACAUACACCUGAAGCAGAGCAAGUCCCCGAUGCACUCACGGAUCCACAUCGCCCGGCAGAUUGCCCAGGGGAUGGGCUACCUACACGCUAGGGGAAUCGUGGUCGGGGAUCUCAACACGAAGGCGAUCUUCCUGGAGUCCAAGGUCAAGCUGUGCCUGACAGGCUACGAUACGACUGACGGCAUGUGUGAUAGAGAGGACUAUGCCUCGGUACCCCAGGGUCACCUGACCUACAUAGCUCCUGAAAUCCUACGAAGCAUCCGGGUGCAACCACCGUACGUCAUUGAGGCAGAACCGCACACCAUGGAGUCCGAUGUGUAUGCCUUUGGAACUGUGCUGUACGAGCUGUUGACUUCCCAGUGGCCGUUUGCCAGCACCUUCGCUUGUACGGACAGUGUUAUAUACCGUGUGUGCAAUGGGAAAAGAGCAUCAUUGGCUGGUGUCAAAUGCGUCCCCUCUGUGAAGUGUUUAGUUGAGGAGUGCUGGUCACAUGUUCCGAACGUGCGCCCGACCUUUCAAGAAAUCGUUGAAGAACUCAAUCAGCAUGCGGCCUUGGUGAAUAUGAAGCACAGCCUGUCGGAACCAGACUUACUGAAUCGCAUCGGGAGACCUUGGUAGAGUCAGUGACCAGACCUGGAUGCAAAUCGGGACCUACCGUGUGAGGGCGCUCCAACUGGUCUCCAGGUGACACCAAGAAUUUGCUGAUUAAUUAUCUGCAAGAUAAAUUGGUGGAAGAAUGAAAACUUGCCGGCCAUGCAAUAAGACUUGAUUGGAAUACAAUCGCUGUACGUUCACGCGGAAGGAAAGAGAAUUUGGGAUGUAGGAGAUUUGCAGUUUAUAACACACCUGUAGUCAUGGCAACAAACAAUGCAACAAAUCGGUGCUGGUUCACCCUGUGUAUUUAAGAAAUCGUUGAGAAUCGCUAAUCGUAAGAAAACAAAACGGCAGAGCUAUGGCAAAAAAGUUAGUCUGUUUUACAUGACUCAUGAGACGAAUCAAGUUUGAAAUGUAAACACUACUUGUUUAUCAUUUAUUUAUUAUGCCUAGUUAUUUUUUUUCAUCAAAACAUGGACCUUAGUGGAUAAUUAUUAAAUAAAUUUGACAAUAAUUUGUCAAUCCGUCCACACAAAAGACAAUCUCCAAUCCCUAAGAAAUUCUGCGUAGUUCGUGGACAUCCUAGCUUCGUAUCUUGCGUCACUGCCAUUGUAAAAAAAAAUAAACAACGAAUUUAAGUUUUUUUGAAAUUUAAUUUCAUAUUCCGACUGCAGCUGGUGGUGCGUGGUUACUUAGGCAACGUGUAUUCAUUAUUUUGGCAUUAUUGCUCAGUUUGACUGUGCAACGAUUCGUGUUAAAAAAUGAAGAAGAAAAAGAUUUGUGUCCGCAAAACCGCCAAUUUCGCCCAAAAUAAUGAAGGAGUUAUCUAGGUCGAAUUCAGUGGGACGUACGUUUAAACAAUUUUUCAAUUUCAGAAAAGAAACGAACUCUUCAAAAACCACAUCCCAACCCCAGUAUAGGAAACAAAGGUUUAAGGUUUAAUUUAAUGUUAGGCCAAAAAAAAAAUACUCGGUCUCUGGUCAGCGCGCGCGUCGAUUUUAAUCAUGCGCGUCAACCGAUUUCUUUUCUUCAAAUUAACACGGAAGCUAUUAGCACGGAAGCGCCCUCUAUUACCUCAUCAAAUUUUUGUACCAAGGAGCACCAAGGAAUGGGGAAAUUUCACCAAGGCAAAUGAUAAAGGGCACCAAGGCAAAUUAUGGAGGUCACCAAUGUAUGAGGACACAAAAACGAAAAAUAGUACCCACCUUGUCUGUACAAUUCAAGCUUGAAAAAAACAAACCGCGUCGCCGCAUCAAUUCCGGAACUUCGGUCUGACCAGAGACCGAUUAUUAUUUUGUUUUGGCCUUAAAGUUUGAUAAUAUCCAGAAUUCAGUAAUGAUAGGUACAACGAUGAUGUAUUUUUCAAUAUUCAUCUUGAUUUUGUCUGCAAUAAUUAUCUACAAAACUCGAGAAGACAGUUAAUCUCAAUAUGCAAUUCCGUAUACAUUCCUAAGGAUGGACCAAGGACAGAACGAACUGAAAUUGAAUGGAGUUGUUUUGAAGUUAAACAAACAAGUUGAAAAAAAAAGGUUUCAUUCGUGAGAAUAUGAUUGGAAAAAAAACUUGGCGAACGAUGUUUAAAGGAUUAGAUUGUGCAAUCGUGUAAUUAGUCGACAUGUAUUUAUGUAAUUAUUUCUCGUGUGAUGUAUAUAAUGGAAUGGUUGAAUCGAAAUAGUAAUAAUGUGCAAUGCUAUUAUUGGAUUUCUUUUUAUUUCACGGUGACCGAUUUCUUGGUCCGUUAAUUUGGGUGCCUUUUGCUGUAGUUCGUGUCGAAGAAGUUACCUGUACUAGAAUUGAAAUUGAUAAGUGAAAUUGACAUUUAUUCGUCCAACAGCUUGAACAAAAUUAACAUAACCACGACACAAUACUUCAACUUCAUCUUACGUGUUCUUUUGACAUGCAAACUCAUGGGAAAAAAUUGAAAAGUUAUGCCUUCGUUUGUAUGCAAAUGGCGGCUUAUAAUUACCACAAUAACAAUAUUAAUCCUUUUUUUCUUUCUUUUUUACUUCUUUGUUUUAUUCCCCCACUUUUUUAUCAUUGCAUUUUGGCAAGAUGUUCAUGUUUAUUAGUAGAAUUUCAAUUUAAUAUGUUGAAUGUGAAAUACGAAAGACCUGUUGGCUACAGAGGGUGAUUCGUGACCGGAUGCUGGAAAUAAAAUGCAUUAAUUUCUACAA